AUGAUGCCAACCCUCCUGCUGAGCAUGCCAGGCACCCUAUUUGCCUUGGAUGGAUCUAAUAAUGAUGUGGGGCCAUCAUCUCAUCCUGGGUUGCUGGUUCAGGCACAGCAGCAGGAGCAGUGUGAAAUGGUUGAGAAGGCAGAAUGCAAGAAGGCAGAAUGGCUCAAAUAUGAGAAGGCAGAAGCAGAACAGCUUGAACAGGAAAUGGUUGAGAAGGCAAAGAGACUAUGCCCCCUCUUAGUGGGAGGGUGUUAUGUCUCCUCGUUGAGGUCAAUCUCAUUCCCCACCUUGGUGUGGCCAUUCUCCCCCACUAAUACCACAAGGAGAAUAUCAGAGGUUGCAUUGCCAAAAUCCUCAACAACCCCUGUUAUAUAUCCUAUUGCUGGUCCUUUGAUGCAAGUCUUGUCUGCCAUGCCAUCCACUCCUGGCCCUUUGUUGCUUGCUCUGAUCACUCCAUACAACUCUCACCUCUUGCAAACAUGA